CCUCACUCUCAGCCUCACUAACAUGGAGAUGGUCGUCUUUGAAAAUGAACCUGAAGUCUUGAUGGAAAACAUCUCUAAUAAAGGCCACAGAGACACAUCUGCAGCACCAGGUCUGAAGCUGUACAGGUGUGUUGCUGUGUCUUUUGGUCUCCUCUGCAUCCUUCAGGUUGCUCUCAACAUUUCCUUGAGACUUUCUCUCAACUGUGAAGCCAGGACCAAACAGCUGACUGAAGAGAGAGAUGAGCUGAAGGGGAAGCUGAAUGACUCCAUUUUAGGUCAUGAAGCCGAGAUAAAAAUCCUGACUGGACAGAAAGAUGAGCUGAAGAGGAGACUGGAUGACAUAAAUCAACUUCUUAAAGAGGGAUGGAAGUAUUUCUGUUCCAGCCUCUAUUACGUUUCCUCCACCAGGAAAACCUGGCAGAAGAGUCGAAAUGACUGUCUGAGCAGAGGGGCUGACCUGAUGAUUAUAGACAGCCGAGAAGAACAGGACUUCUUAAGAAGACUUUCCAAGGAAAUGUGGAUUGGACUGACUGAUGGCGCACAGGAGGGGACGUGGCGAUGGGUGGACGGGACUCUGCUGAACACAAGCUACUGGAUCCCUGGACAGCCCGAUAAUAACGACAAGGGUAAAGAGGAAAAUUGUGCAGAGAUUCAUAUAUGUGGCAGCUGGAAUGACAAGUCAUGUGGCCUUCAAAACCACUGGAUCUGUGAGAAGAAAGUGGCUCCAUAAGUCAGCAUCCCAGGUUGAUGUUGAGCUCUUCAUCAGAUGAGAUCAAAUCAGAUACGAGGGAGAACCGAAAAAAAAAACGGACACUGGUCAUAAUGUUUCUUUUGUUUUAUUUUAACAAUUAUUCAAAGCUGUCACCUUCAAAGUAAUCCCCACUGGUUUGAAUACACCGUUGCAUCCGUGUUUUCCAGGUUUCAAAGGUGUUUGAAAACUCGUGCGUAUUGAUCCCGUUCAGUGCAUCUUUCAAUUUUUGUUUAACCUCCUCGACGUCCUCAAAUCUCCACCCCUUCAGCUCUUUUUUCAUUCUUGGGAAGAGAAAAAAAUCACAUGGUACUAAGUCCGGCGAAUAGGGUGGAUGAGCCAGCAGGGUCAUCCCGUUUUUCGCCAGGAACUGCGUUACGCGCAGGGCCCGGUGCGCCGGCGCGUUAUCGUGGUGCAGCCACUACUCACCAUCCCGCCAAAGCUAUGGAUGCUUCUGCCUCACUGCUUCUUGGAGCCGCCUCAGGACUUGGAUGUAGUGGUCCUGGUUAACAGACUGCCCAGGCGGCACAAAUUCGCGGUGGACUACCCCUUUUGCGUCGAAAAAGCAGAUCACCAUGGCUUUUACCGCUGACCGGGACUGGCGCACUUUUUUCGGCUGAGGGGAGUCCGGGUGUCGCCUCUGGCUCGAUUGCUGCUUCGUCUCGAGAUCGUAGGCGUGAUGACUUUGUCCAGCAGCCCAGGAUCCUCUUCAAUGUGCUGGAGGAUUUUCCGGCACACAUCCGCGCAGGCCGCCUUCUGCUCCGGAGUGAGGACGCGUGGAACCAUCUUCGCUGCGACCCACCGCAAGCCCAAAUCCUGGGACAGGAUCUUCUGACAGGAACUCCACUGAACCCCCAUCAAGGUGGACACCUCCCCGAUCGUCCUUCGCCUGUCAGCCAAGACCACGGCUUCCACCUCGCGGAUCUUUUCCUGCGUGCAUGAGAUUUUGGGUUGUCCGGAGCAGGGCUGGUCUUCAAUGGACAUUUCGCCCCUUUUAAAGCGCCCAUACCAUUCAAAAACCUGUGUUCUCCCCAGGACACCAUCUUUAUCCUCUGUGAAAUUACAGACCCAUUUCCAACCUCCCCUUCAUCUCCAAAAUCCUUGAAAGAAUUGUUUCCAACUCCACAACCAUCUUAAAUCAAACAAUAUGUAUGAGAAAUUCCAAUCCAGUUUCCACCCUUCUCACAGCACAGAGACAGCUCUCAUCAGAGUCACAAAUGACCUUCUGAUGACCUCUGACUCCGGCUCCACCUCCCUUCUCAUCCUUCUCGACCUCUCUUUUGCAUUUGGUAAUGAUGAUCACCACAUCCACCUUCAUCGCCUCCAACAUGACAUCGGCAUCACUGGCACUGCCCUCCAAUGGUUUCACUCUUACCUCUCAGGAAGGACCGAGUUGGUAGCCCUGGUGGACAAUAAAUCCCACCCCCACAACGUCACCUGUGAAGUCCCCCCAGGGCUCUGUCCUCGGUCCAACCCUCUUCACCGUCUACAUGCUCCCCCUCGGUCGUGUCGUCAGCAGGCAUGGAAUACAAUUCCACUGCUAUGCUGACGACACUCAACUCUACCUCAAGGUCAGGACUGGGCUCAGGACCAUGGGCGACAGGACCUUUGAGGCUGUGGCUCCCCGUUUGUGGAACGCCCUCCCCGACCACCUCAGGGCUCCACAGACGGUGGACUCUUUCAAAAAAGGGCUGAAAAACGUUUUAUUUCAUAUUGCUUUUUCAGAUUGAUUUUACUGCUGACUGCCUUUACUGUUUUAAUUGUCUUACUGUUUUUAUUGUCUUUAUCAUUGUUUAUUUUUUGUCUUCUUGACUGUGCACUUUGAGAUUUGCCCACAAAUGCAAAAUGCAUUAUAAAUAAAAUCCAUUGUUAUUAUUAUCAUUAUUAUAACCUAUUGUCAGGAUCUGAUUAUAAAUAGAAGAGUAACAUCUACAAGAUUUAGAUCUGCAGUUUAGUCGAUAUCAGAAUCAUUUGUGUUUAUUUAAAUAAAAAAGGAAACUCAG